GAGUUACAGAUGUGCACCACCACAUCUGGUUCUUUUUUAUUUUCAAAUGUUGAGGCAGGGCCCAGCUAAGUUGUCCAGGCCGGGCUUGAUGAGAUCCUGUGCCUCAGUCUCCCAGUGUUGGGCUCCAGGCACAUGCGGCUUUGCCUGAUAGUGAGAGGAGCCAUUGUUCUGAGCGCUGACUCUGCAAGGUGGCCAGAGGGACUGGGUGGGUGCCAGGCUGUGGGGCUGCCCAGUUGUCCUCUGCUUGGUAGGCCCAGCACAGAGCAGCAGGCCUCCAGGGUUAUGGCGCUGUUAGCCUUUCAGGUGGAUAGGGUGAGGCAGAGGUUGAGGAAUGAAGCACUCCUUCAAGACGUGCCAUUCUUUCCCAGCCCUGGAACUCAGGCCCUGACUCCCCUUUUCUGGCUGGGCCUCCCCUCAGGAAGGCCCUGGGCCCAGCUGGAGCCUGCAGCCUCAGAGCAGGGCCUGCUCUUGGGGGAGGGGUGUUUGCUAGUUGCCAAGCAACCGAGUUCCGGCCCCUGGCAGUGGCCACAGAUAUGCUGCAGGCCAUGUCCCUACUUCCCUUGCUGCUCCUGCUGGCAAAGCCUGCUCCUACCCUUGCCUGGUCACGGCCCCUCUGGUACCAGUUGAAGCUGGACUUACAUCCCUGGGCAUGCGAGCCAAGCAGCCCAGAGGCCUGUGGGAGCACCCUGGGCUGUGUUGGUCAUUGGACAGGCCUGGGAGGGAACCGCAUGUACCCUGCGGCUGGGGUCAUGAUCACCACCACCAUGAUGCUAGUGAUGAGUCGUCCGAUGAUGCAGCGGUGGCGUUCACAGCACCCACGGGUGACCACUAGCCUCUCCGGACCCUCGAAGCGACGGGCUCCGAUCUCAGACCGCGCCCUGCUCCUCAGGGUCCUUCACAUGCUGGAUGCCCUCCUGUUCCACAUAGAGGGCCAUCUGCAGCGCCUAGCCACCCAGCAGUGCAAAUAAAGGAGACUCCCACCCCA